ACAAUACCACAUAAAACACUCAUAAAAUCCAAUAUAUAUAUAAACAAAUUAUUUCUAAAAUGUCGAUGCCAACUAUCAGUCUUACCCUGCUCACUUGUUAUGGGUUUCCUGUGCUCAUAAUUUUGGAGAGCAUUCCAUAUCUUUGUUAAGUUGAACUUCUACAUCCCAGUGAAGUGCAGAGUUAUUGUAACUUGGACAUUUAAUUGAAUCUCAUGUAUGAGUAGACAGUGAACAAAUGUUGUCAAAGAUGGAGAUAGAAAAGGCACACAUGAAUGUUGUAGUCAAACCAGUUGCGACAAGGCCGGGUUGUUCUGCCUAUAGACCUUUCCCUGAGCUUCUUUUGAGUGCAAUAAAUGGAUCAUCCAAUCGAGGAUGCUCUUGGACGCCCGCCAUUAGACCAAAGACAGUUAGACUAAAGUCAGGGGGAAACCAUUGUAUAAUCAGAAAGGCUGAGCCGCCAGGGAUUUCCGUUUUCUCUUCUGCUUCCAAAAUUUUGAAAUCAGAUGACAAACAAACCAUCAUAUACAAGCCUACAACUAAGCUACUUGCCAAGACAAGUGUUCCUCACAACUUGAAUAUGAUAAGUUGUACAAGUAGCAAGGAAAAAGAACCAGGAGAGGAGUCAAACAGAUUCAGAUCAUGUGAACAUAGAAGAAGGGAGAAAUCUGUUGAAGACUCGAGGAUAACAUUAGAAGAGGAUGAACGGUCAUUGCUUCGGACUAGUAGUAUGGAUGGUCUUUCAAACGACGGAUAUAAUUGGAGGAAAUACGGGCAGAAGCAUGUUAAGGGAAGCAAGUACCCGAGAAGUUACUACAAGUGCACUCAUCCGAAGUGUCCGGUGAAGAAGAAUGUGGAAAGAUCAGCUGAUAAUGAGAUUGCACAAAUUGUGUACAAAGGAGAGCACAACCAUCUCAAGCCAUGCCUUCCAGGGUACAACACCGUGAGAGAGGGAGUACAACUGCACUCCGACAACAGCAUCUUGUGGAGUGAGAGACUUACCUUUCAAAAUGAAGAGAAUAAUAAACAUAACUCUAAGCUCUCUACACCAGCAUCAUGCUAUCCUUCCAUUGCAUCAUUCUUCAGUGCCGUUUCUACUAAUGAAAACUCUUGUAGUCCUAAUGGGGUGUGUGGAGAUGGAAGUGAAAGACUAUUAGAGGCAGAAGGUGGUGAUGAUCAGAAAGUAAAAAGAAGGAAAAGUAGUAGCCAAGUGAAUGGUGCAUUGGUGAUGCAGAGUGUUGUUGGAAACACACCUGACUCCGAAACCACAGGGGAUGGAUACCGUUGGCGAAAGUAUGGUCAGAAAGUAGUUAAAGGAAACACAUACCCCAGGAGUUACUACAGAUGCACCAACCCAAAGUGCAGUGUGAGGAAAUAUGUAGAGAGAGUGCCGGGUGAUUCUAAUGCCUUCAUCACAACGUACGAGGGGAAGCACAACCAUGGUAUUCCAACCAAAAGAACCUCCAAACAUGGAAACUUCUAAAAUCAAGCACUACAACCUUCUCAGCUAAUGCUUCUGCUGUGGUACAACCUGGAGAACAGCAAGAGCUGAACUUACUGCAUUUUUGUUCGUUAAGUAAUUGUCUUAUCUACCGUUCAUAGACUCCCAUAAAAAAAGAGUUAAGUAUAGCACAAGUGAUAUAAUUAGCGUGAGAUCUUAAGGAGUCCUGUCUAGUUACCUGCUGAAGUCCAUUUACUUGAUCAUUGCCAUUCAUUAUUCUACAGUCUGAAAAUGAAUGGCAAUGAUGAUGUCACAUAAACCUCCAUAAGAGAGCUAGACAUAACUCCUUAAGAUAACUCCUGCUAUUGUGGUUAAAUUUAUCUCCUUUUCUGUUGUAAUCCAAACUAGUGGAUAUCAUAAUUGUCUGUAAUCUCCCUUCUCUCCUUUACUAAAGUUCUGUUAUCAUAAUGUAAAACCGGGUUUGAUCUUUGCAUGUGGAUACACUCUUGGACCCAAGGUUUGAAAUUGCGUAUUGCGUAGUCGUGGC